CGCCCCCGCGCCGCCGGCCCUGGCUUCCGACAGCUUUUCCACUCGGGUUCCCGCAAGCUGUCGUUUCGGUUUCUGGCUGGCGCUCGAGGACGCAGGGAGGGUCUGUGUGUAGGAGACUCCAGACUGUAGGCGCUGCCAUGGCCCCUGUGCUUAGCAAGGACGCGCCGGACAUCGAGAGUAUCCUGGCUUUAAAUCCUCGCAUGCAAAAUCAUGCAACUCUGCGUUCCACUUCGGCCAAGAAAUUAGACAAGAAACAUUGGAAGAGAAACCCCGAUAAGAACUGUUUUAAUUGUGAGAAGCUGGAAAAUAAUUUUGAUGACAUCAAGCACACGACUCUUGGUGAGCGAGGAGCUCUCCGAGAAGCAAUGAGAUGCCUGAAAUGUGCAGAUGCCCCCUGUCAGAAGAGCUGUCCAACUCAUCUGGAUAUUAAAUCAUUCAUCACAAGUAUUGCAAACAAGAAUUAUUAUGGAGCUGCCAAGAUGAUAUUUUCUGAUAACCCACUUGGUCUUACUUGUGGAAUGGUAUGUCCUACUUCGGAUCUUUGUGUAGGAGGAUGCAACUUGUAUGCCACUGAAGAAGGACCAAUUAAUAUUGGUGGACUCCAGCAGUUUGCUACUGAGGUGUUCAAAGCGAUGAAUAUCCCACAGAUCAGAAAUCCUUCUCUGCUACCCCCAGAAAAAAUGUCUGAAGCCUAUUCUGCAAAAAUUGCUCUUUUUGGUGCUGGUCCUGCCAGUAUAAGUUGUGCUUCUUUUCUGGCUAGAUUAGGCUACUCAGACAUCACUAUAUUUGAAAAACAAGAAUAUGUUGGUGGUUUAAGYACUUCUGAAAUUCCUCAGUUCCGGCUGCCUUAUGAUGUAGUGAAUUUUGAGAUUGAGCUUAUGAAGGAUCUUGGUGUAAAGAUAAUUUGUGGUAAAAGUCUUUCAGUGAAUGAAAUGACUCUCAACACUUUGAAAGAAAAUGGCUACAAAGCUGCAUUCAUUGGAAUAGGUUUGCCAGAACCCAAUAAAGAUCACAUCUUCGAAGGCCUUACACAGGACCAGGGGUUUUACACAUCCAAAGACUUUUUGCCUCUUGUAGCCAAAGGCAGUAAACCAGGAAUGUGCGCCUGUCACUCUCCAUUGCCAUCGAUACAGGGAGCCGUGAUUGUACUCGGAGCUGGAGACACUGCCUUUGACUGUGCAACAUCCGCUUUACGUUGUGGAGCCCGCCGCGUGUUCAUCGUCUUCAGAAAAGGCUUUGUUAAUAUAAGAGCUGUCCCGGAGGAGAUGGAGCUGGCUAAAGAAGAAAAGUGUGAAUUUUUGCCUUUCCUUUCCCCACGGAAAGUUAUARUAAAAGGUGGAAGAAUUGUUGCAAUGCAAUUUGUUCGGACAGAACAAGAUGAAGCUGGAAAAUGGAAAGAAGAUGAAGACCAGAUAGUCCAACUGAAAGCUGAUGUGGUCAUCAGUGCCUUUGGUUCAGUUCUGAGUGAUCCUAAAGUGAAAGAAGCCUUGAGACCUAUAAAAUUUAACAGAUGGGAUCUCCCAGAAGUAGAUCCAGAAACUAUGCAAACCAGUGAACCGUGGGUGUUUGCAGGUGGUGAUAUUGUUGGUACCGCUAACACUACAGUGGAGUCAGUGAAUGAUGGAAAGCAAGCUUCUUGGCACAUUCACAAAUAUAUACAGUCACAAUAUGGAGCUUCAGUUUCUGCCAAGCCCGAACUACCCCUCUUUUACACUCCUAUUGAUCUGGUGGACAUUAGUGUGGAAAUGGCUGGAUUGAAGUUUAUAAAUCCUUUUGGUCUUGCUAGUGCAACCCCAGCUACUAACUCAUCAAUGAUCCGAAGAGCUUUUGAAGCUGGAUGGGCUUUUGCCUUGACCAAAACUUUCUCUCUUGAUAAGGACAUCGUGACAAAUGUUUCACCCAGAAUCAUCCGGGGGACCACCUCUGGCCCCAUGUAUGGCCCUGGACAAAGCUCCUUCCUGAAUAUUGAGCUGAUCAGUGAAAAAACAGCUGCAUAUUGGUGUCAAAGUGUCACUGAACUAAAGGCUGACUUUCCAGACAAUAUCGUGAUUGCUAGCAUCAUGUGCAGUUACAACAAAAAUGACUGGGUGGAACUCUCCAAAAAGGCUGAGGCUUCCGGAGCAGAUGCCCUGGAGUUAAAUUUAUCGUGUCCACAUGGCAUGGGAGAGAGAGGAAUGGGACUGGCUUGUGGGCAGGAUCCAGAGCUGGUUCGGAACAUCUGUCGCUGGGUUAGGCAAGCUGUUCAAAUUCCUUUUUUUGCCAAGUUGACCCCAAAUGUCACUGAUAUUGUGAGCAUCGCAAGGGCUGCAAAAGAAGGUGGUGCAGAUGGUGUUACAGCCACAAACACUGUCUCAGGUCUGAUGGGACUGAAAGCUGAUGGCACACCAUGGCCAGCAGUGGGUACUGGAAAGCGAACCACAUAUGGAGGAGUGUCAGGGACAGCAAUCAGACCUAUUGCUUUGAGAGCUGUGACCUCCAUUGCUCGUGCUUUGCCUGGAUUUCCUGUUCUGGCCACUGGUGGGAUUGAUUCAGCUGAAAGUGGCCUUCAGUUUCUCCACAGCGGUGCAUCAGUCUUACAGGUGUGCAGUGCUAUUCAGAAUCAGGAUUUUACUGUGAUUGAAGACUAUUGCACUGGCCUCAAAGCCCUGCUCUAUCUGAGCAGCAUUGAAGAGCUUCAAGACUGGGACGGGCAGAGUCCAGCCACUGUGAGGCACCAGAAAGGGAAACCAGUUCCACGAAUUGCUGAGCUCAUGGGAAAGAAACUGCCAAGCUUUGGACCUUUUCUUGAGCAGCGCAAGAAAAUCAUAGCAGAGAACAAGAUUAGACAGAAAGAGCAAAACACAGCUUUCUCACCACUUGAGAGAAAAUGUUUUAUACCCAAAAGGCCUAUACCUACCGUCAAGGAGGUAAUCGGAAGAGCACUGCAGUACCUUGGAGCAUACGGUGAACUGAGCAUCACAGAGCAGGUUGUGGCUAUGAUCGAUGAAGAAAUGUGUAUCAACUGUGGUAAAUGCUACAUGACCUGUAAUGACUCUGGCUACCAGGCUAUACAGUUUGAUCCGGAAACCCACCUGCCCACGAUUACUGACAAGUGUACAGGCUGCACUCUCUGUCUCAGUGUCUGCCCUAUUAUCGACUGCAUCAAAAUGGUUUCCAGGACAACACCUUAUGAACCACAGAGAGGCUUACCCUUAGCUGUGAAGCCUGUGUGUUAAGGCGAUUUGCAAAACAGUUGCUGUGAACUUCAAUGUCACCUACAUAUGCUUAUCUUUUAAAAUUGUAAUCAUUGCGUUCACUUCUUUCCCAAUUAAAAUAUAUAUACAACUUCUAACUAAAUUUCUAUAUUAAAAAAAUGUCUAAUUCCAGUGACCAAUUAAUGAUCAUAAAAUAGAAUAAUUCUUUUCUGAGGAUAGCUAUUAAAUAACUGUGUAGCAGUUAAUUGGAUGUUCACUGUCAGUUGUCUAUUGUGAAAAAUUAACUUUUUCAUGGCAAUUACUGUGAUAAUUUCCAAAUAGCCCUGUGCUGUGCUCCAUCUUUGAUUUCUAAUUGUAAGAGAAAUUAAGUAUUCUGGAACAAAAUACACUUUAACAUACAAGAAAAUGUUUCUGAUGAAACAUUUUUGUAAUUAAAAAUUACCUUUCAUUUUUAAUACUGCUUCUCAGAAAAUGUAAUUAGUACCAUAGAGUACAAAUGAAGAAAGUCAAAUAAUUAUUUACCAUGGCAGGAAAAGAAAGUCUAAAAGAGAGUUAAUAGAACUUUAUGAAGGCCCUCUUGCUCUCAUAGCUUCUUUGGGGUGCUAGGUGCCAAAAGUGAGAAUAUUUACCACUCAUGCCUGAGACAGGUGUCCAAACUGCUCACCAGUGGACCACAUGACAUUCUCCUUUAAAUAUUUAAACUAUGUUCCUAAUGAAAUAAGAUGUUACAAUGGCACUCUGGUUAAUGCCACUCUUUUACUGUGCACAGAUCUGCUCUAUCUGCUUUUAAUAGUAACCUUUAUGAUUAUAGCAAUUAAUGUUCAAACAAAGCCCAAACUACACACAGCUGAGUCAUGUGCUUCAUUAUUCAAGAAUGAAAAAUAUAGUAUUGAUAAUGUGUAUGUCAUUUGCAAAACCAGUUUGACUACUUUCUAUUUUACCAUUUAUGUUUAAUUUAAAGCCAUAGAAUGAAAAAGAAAUUUAUAUUUUCUGAUAUUAAUAAAUAAUAUUUUUCUAUUUCUCUAUUUUCAUAAUCAAUAAGUAGCAUUACAUAAAUUCACUUUCUCUCCUUUAUAGCACAUUUUAAUAUGAAUGUAUAAGUAGUAAAUCAGAAAGUAACAAUCUGUGGCAUAUUUUUAUGGCAAAUGCAAGAUAUAGAAAUCUGUAU